UUUUUUUGCUCCAUAUGAUUAAUAGAUUUUGUUAUUCUCUUGGUGAUUUAAGUUUAAUUGUUCUUCUUUUUUAUUAAUUGUCUUGAUUAGUAUUUUUAAAAAUGUUACAAAUUACUCGACAAGCGAGUGAGAUGAAAGAUCUCACAAAGGUUGAUAGAAUUGGUGUUCAUUCUCAUAUUCGUGGUCUUGGUUUGGAUGAAUUUCUUCAACCGAAAAAGAUCUCGGAAGGUAUGGUUGGUCAAAUGAAUGCUAGACGAGCUGCUGGUUUGAUUAUGCAAAUGAUUAAAGAGAGUAAAAUCUGCGGGCGAGCAGUUUUAAUUGCCGGUGAACCAGGUACCGGUAAAACAGCAAUUGCCACUGCUUUAUUUAAAUCAUUGGGUCGAAAAACACCUUUCACCAUUAUCUCUGGAUCGGAAAUUUUCAGUUUAGAGAUAAGUAAGUCUGAGGCUUUAAUGCAAGCUUUCAGACGAUCGAUUGCUGUUAAAAUAAAAGAGGAAACCGAGAUAAUUGAAGGUGAAGUUGUUGAAAUUGUUAUCGAUCGACCAAGCACUGGAUCUGGUAAUAAAACUGGUAAAUUAACAAUGAAAACUACCGAUAUGGAAACAAUUUAUGAUCUUGGCCAGAAGAUGAUUGAUUGUUUAACUAAGGAGAAAAUUGGAGCUGGAGAUGUUAUCAUUAUUGAUAAAUCUUCUGGUAAAAUUACCAAAAUUGGAAGGAGUUUUACUCGAGCUCGAGAUUAUGAUGCUAUGGGUCCUCAAACGAAAUUUGUUCAAUGUCCAAGUGGUGAAUUACAGAAGAGGAAAGAAGUUACUCAUACGGUUUCUCUCCAUGAGAUUGAUGUAAUCAACAGUCGAACUCAAGGAUUUUUAGCCUUAUUCUCAGGCGAUACUGGAGAGAUUAAACCUGAAGUUCGUCAACAAAUAAACGAAAAAGUCAGUGAAUGGAGAGAAGAAGGAAAAGCAGAAAUUGUUCCUGGAGUUUUAUUCAUUGACGAAGUUCACAUGUUGGAUAUCGAAUGUUUUUCUUUUCUAAAUCGAGCCCUUGAAUCUCCAUUAGCUCCAAUUUUAAUAGUUGCCAGUAAUCGAGGAAUUACAACAAUUAGAGGAACUAAUUAUGCUUCACCUCACGGAAUUCCAUUGGAUCUUCUUGAUAGAAUGACCAUAAUAUCAACUGUCCCUUACUCAGAAGAUGAAAUCUCUUACAUUCUCAAAAUUCGAUGUGAAGAAGAAGACGUUAAAUUAACGGAAGAAGCUUUGAUUCUUCUCGCUCGUAUCGGAGCCGAGACAAGUCUUCGAUAUGCGAUGCAGUUAAUUACCACUGCGAACGUAGUCCAUUUAAAGAGUAAAACCAAAGAAGAAGCCGUUGGUAAAGAAGAGCUGAAAAAAGUUUAUUCCAUGUUCCUAGACGAAGGUCGAUCAAGUGAAUUCUUGGAACAAUAUCAAGAACAAUUUCUUUUCCAUCAACCAAACAACACUGAUGUCGAAAUGAAAGCUUAACAGUUAAAACGAUUCUCCACUUAACCAACUCCAACAAAUAACAAUCAAUUUCCUCUAUUUUCAUUAAAUAUCCUUAACAAAACAAAUUGUAUUCCUCACAAUUAAUGUUAAUACAAUUAUAAACAUUAAAACACUUUUAUCAAACAUUCA